CCAAUGCCAUUAAACGAAAUAUUUGUUAAAGAAGUUGGACAUGAUGGAACUUGUUUUCAAAUUAUUCAUAUACAACAACCAACGAACCUUAAAGCGAACGAUAUUUCGGUGAAAAAACAAUGGUUAAAUCAUCUUAAUGCUGCUAGUGAAACAUGCAUGAAAGCAGUUAGACAAGACCAAAAUAAUAACAAAGAUUUAAUUACACCAGUUGAUAGUAUUAAUGGCACAUUAAGAGUCCUAAUAUCCGAUGGAGUAAUUGAAUUAGAUCCAUCCGUUAAUGAAAAAAUUAAUAUUAAUGUCUAUUGCCAAUUACAACUGAAUAGACAAAUAUUUAAAACCAAAGUUAUAAAAGAUAGUUUAUUUCCAUGUUGGAAUCAGCAUUUUGUAAUGUUUUCAUCAUAUUCUGAUGAUCUGGAUGAUCAUUGGUUGUAUAAUGAUAUCUUGUAA